AUGACUUUCACGCCCGCAUUGCAGGACCUAUUCGCUCUGGGAGUUAUAGCGGCGGUAUAUGCGUUCUACUAUCUCCGUUCGCGGAAAGGCCCGCAAGGCAGUGACUCCACCGCGUCGCAAGCGCCUCAACGCGUUCUACAGCAGGAUGGCAAGGAAUAUGUCAAGUCCGUGCCAAUACUGGCCUGCGAGGUGCUCCCCGAUCCUGAUCCUUUAGUGGACUUUGAUCUGGCAACGGCGUCCACACGAGAUUAUAUCUAUGCGAACAAGACGAUGCGCUACCCAUACUUCCAGACAAUGUCGCACCAACCUAUGCAUAUCAACCACUGGAUUGAGAUCGACAACGAGUAUGAGUGGUACUUAGGGGAAAAGGCGCGGAUCGUCGAAGAACAAGGCAAGGUAGCGCUUGACUCGCUCCCGGAGAACGACGAUGCGUGCGGCGAGCUGCUGGAACUUGUUGUCGACUAUCUCCCGAAACGAUUCCCAACACUUUUUGAGCGUAUCCCCUCGGGUCUCGGGAUCUGGAACAAAGUGACGAACGAGCGGUUCCCCGAUGUCAGUGCUCUGCGCGGGGUAGAAGCCCUCCGCGUCGUCUCUAGAUUGGUACAGGACGACUUUCUCAUGGCGCGCGAACGCCCAGACGGGCGUAUCUACCUUGUCGGUGGUCUGCUCGCGUUCCCCGGCAACUAUCUACUCUCGGAGAAGAUGGACCAGCCGGUCCACGUCCUGCACGAUCCUGUGCCCCACUUCAACUCAAAGCUCCUCCUGAGCGUAGAGCGCACGCUCGUGCGAUUCACCCCCGACAAGCCGUUCGAGCGCUCGAGCUGGAUGAUCGUAGAUGACCGCAGCUUAUUCUGGCAUAACAUCGCGUCAGUGCCGGUGCCGGACACCCUCCACCCCAAAGACCUCUUCCUGCGCGUAGACCAUCAGACAUUCCGCAAGCUACGCCGCACGGGCGGGAUCAUGUUCGGAGUGCACCCCGUGCUCAAGCGCAUCGGGACACUCGCUGAUAGCCCGCUCGUUCCCGCUAUGUUGGCGAAAUUGCAUACGGAAUCUGACAAGGCUCUUCUCGACUACAAGCUUGUCGAGAAGUACAACCCCAUUUUGCUCCCUUACCUGCAGGAGGUGACAGAGCAACAGAUCGCGAGGGGACUCAUCCGGGAAGAGGACCUAGAGGAUGUCUCUAAAUUCCGUGAGCAUGUGGGUGGAGAGUUUCCGAUGUGGCAUGUGAAACCGACGAGGGAAGCGCAGGCCGUGCAUUGA